CUAAUUCAAAACAAAAAUCUAUUAUAUAUCAAUGCCCAUAUACCGCGAUAUAAUAUUCUUCAACAAAGCUGGAACGAAAGUUUUUGAACGGUAAAAAAUGCCUUCCAUCAGCCACCAACGAGAAUCUAGAAUAUUCCAACAAGGCAAAGGACACAAUGGAAACAGUUCACGCCGAUCCAGAAUAACCAGAGAGCUUUGUGUUGGCUGCAUUUUAUUUCUUCCCGAAAGAUUGGAAGGGAAUGAAAGCGUCAGAUGUAUACUCGAUACAUGUUGCUGCAACAAAUCAGAAUUGGAUAAAGAGGGGUAUAAUCAUUAUGUUGUGAUUUUAGAUGUCUUUCAAUCGGAUGAUGGAGAAAUCAGGUGUUAUAUUGCUAAAUUAACUUCCAAGAAAGGCACUACCAGAUAUCCUAUUGAUCGUAUCAAAAUCUCACAAACGUUUCUAGCGUCACCACCAAACGAAGAUACCGGAUUAUUUCUCGAAAAUGGAGGUAUGCCCAGACAAUCCUAUAUCUCGUUGAGCCAUGUCUUCCAAAUCUCGCCCUUCGUCUUACGAUCGAACAAGCCCGCAUACAACACUCGGCUUACGGAGCAGAGCUAUAAAUAUCUGAUGCUGAGGUUAGGAUUGGAGGCGGCUGUAUAUGAGGAUACAAAUAUUGUGAAGCAAUCUGGAGCAACGAUUCGCUCUGCGUCAAAACCCACACUUUACGAAGAUUUGAUAUACUUUACAGAGUUGGGUUUGUGGAUUGGUAGUGGAAUUUUGGAGUUUGGAAGAAGGGGGUUGAGGUUUUUGGGGUUUGGGUAAAAAAUAAGGGUUAGGAGAUUACAGGGUAUCCGUUUGAUUCUAUGAGCCGCAGGCAACAUAUCAAAAUGAGGUCAAAUCUCCAAGUUCAUUGUUAGUGAUGGAAGCCCUGAAGUAUAGCCUGCAGAGUGUUAGUAUCAUAAAAGAAAGUUCAAAGUUUCCAUUUCUGAGAGGAGCGUUAUUUAAAAGAUAUCGGAAUAUCAGCGUCAAUUAUGCAUUGUGUGUAAGGCUUAGUAGUAUGAAUCAAAGAGAUCUGACUGGUUGGAGAGAGCGGGGUCAG